AUGUGGUCCAUCCUGAACGAAUGGUUCUGGUGGGAGACACUCUGGCUUCCAUCUGAUGUCAAAUGGACUGACCUGGAGGACCAUGAUGGCCAGGUGUAUCCCCAUCCCCGGGACCUGCUGGCCUCCCUGCCCACGGCACUCGCCCUGCUGGCCCUUCGCUUUGUCUUUGAGAGAUUCGCUGCUCUGCCCCUCAGCCGGUGGCUGGGAGUGCGGGAUAAACUUCGACGACCGGCCAAGCCCAUCCCUGCUCUGGAGAGACACUUCAUCACAGUUGGACGAAAACCCAAGGAGGCCCAGUUGGCGCUUCUGGCUGCCCAAUGUGGGCUCACACAGUACCAGACUCUGCGCUGGUUCUACAGACGCUGCAACCAGGACCGGCCCCCACUGAGCAAGAAGUUCUGUGAAGCCAGCUGGAGGUUCACCUUCUAUCUUUGCUCCUCCAUUGGUGGUUCUUUCAUCCUGUAUCAUGAACCCUGGUUUUGGAGACCAGUUUUGUGCUGGGACAGUUUCCCAAACCAGCCCCUGAAGCCUGCCCUGUACUCCCUGUACCUCCUGGAGCUGAGUUUCUACGUUUCACUGCUCAUCAUGCUGCCUUUCGACACCAAUCGCAAGGACUUCAAGGAGCAGGUGUUGCACCACUUCGUGGCCAUCACCCUGAUCGUCUUCUCCUACAGCUCCAACCUGAUGCGUAUCGGCUCGCUGGUGCUGCUCCUGCAUGACUGUUCCGACUUUAUCCUGGAGGUCGGUAAGAUGUUCAACUACACGCAGUAUCAAAACGUGUCUAAUGUUCUCUUCAUCAUCUUCACCAUUGUCUUCUUCUGCACACGCCUGGUGAUCUUUCCCACCAAGAUCCUGUACACCACCUACAUCGAGUCCAUCGUGGGUAGAACACCCUUCUUUGGCUACUACUUCUUCAAUGGGCUACUGCUGAUGCUUCAGGCCCUUCAUGUCUUCUGGUUCUACCUCAUUCUGCGCAUGCUCAUCACCUUCACCUCCAAGGGGGAGGUGAAGGAUGUUCGCAGCGAUGUGGAGGAAUCAAGUUCGAGCGAUGGUGAGGUGGUCAAGAAAAAUCCUCCACUACAAGAUGAGGUAGCUCACCGGCCAGGGGCGACCACCUCUGAAGGGCUUCGGAGCCGGGCAGCAUCGCAUCAGGCCAAUGGACAUAUGCGGACCAUGUAG